ACAUCGGGCAGGAGGAGCCGGGGACUCCGCAGCCGUCGCGUCCCGCUCAGUGCGCUGCUGCGCUCCAUCGGCCCCGAGCUGCGGGAGGGCAAGAGCGCGCCGGCAUGAAGGGACCCAGCUUGGAAACACAGAUGGUGGAAGAUGAAGCUGAGACAACCAAUGAAGAACUGCCCCCUCAUCUGCGGGAGGAGCCUCCUGAAGCAAAUAGAAAACAAAUUCCAUCGUGUGGCAUCGCAUUGACACACUCACAUGGGUCAUCAGCAGACUCCAGCAAGGACCAUCCACAACAGCAGGCGGGAGUGAUCUGGAGAGUGACGGGAGGCCUGUUCAGCAUCACGCGGGGAGCUGUGGGGGCGACGUUGGGAGGAGUUGCCUGGGUUGGCAGCAAGAGCCUGGAACUCACCAAAACAGCUGUGACCAGUGUCCCUGCCGCCAGUGUUGGACUGGUAAAGGGCGGCGUCUCGGUGGUGACCAGCGGCGUGGGAGCUGUGGGCAGUGCUGUUGCCAACAAAGUCCCUUUCACCACAAAGAAGAAGGACAAGGCUGACUAA